CUGUUGGCCAUUCUUGCAAGCCAAUGAAUACUCGAGAUGUACGCUAAUAAGCGUCAUGCGCCACAUGUUCAGGCGUCGCUUCGUACUGUGUAACUGCACUGUGUACGGUACGGUACUGUGUAGGCUUGGGUGCUAGCAUGACGUCGUUGUCGUCUCUUUAUACGACCCAUGUGUACGGGAAAGGUAAGACGUAUAUAAAGAUGGAGGAAUGGUCGUUUCCGGGCAGUCUUUGAUUCAAACCAUCACUACUACAACUCCAAGAACAUCCUCAAAACGUAUUCACCCUACACAACCUCAAAUAAUCAACAACCAGCAACAUCAACAUGCCUCUGCUGCGCCGCACCCACCGCACAACUGCACCCCGGACCACCCGCACCACCAGGAGCACCGCCCGACCCAGUCUGAGGACCAGAAUUCUCGGCCCCAAGCGCACAACUGCUGGUCGUCGUGCUCCAGUCACCACGACGACGACAACGACUACUACCACGAAGACUACGCGGCACCAUGGCGGUCAUAUGCAUGGGGUAGCUGCCGCGCACCCUAGGCGUCGUGUUACCAUGGGAGACAAGGUCUCUGGUGCCCUGAUGAAAUUGAGGGGUUCUUUGACGAGGCGUCCGGGGCUGAAGGCCGCGGGAACCCGCCGUAUGCAUGGGACUGAUGGUCGUACUACGACCACUACACGCCGUCGCCAUUUGUAAGGUGCGCACGAUGUGACUGUUUUGGGUUUGGAUGUUCUGUAUAAUUUGAAGGCAACGGAGAUGAUUGUACGAUUAGCGUGACGAUGAUACCCCAUGAUGAAGGAACCUAAGUAGUUUGCACGCAAGUCUUACUUCGAUUGGGCUCCCUGAGUUUGCGCAUAUACGUGUGUUGUAACUGCCUAUCCGUUCCUAUGCACGAUCACCUAUUGGAUCUCAUCGAUAUACUGCAGUGCUCACUUGACGACCCUGGCACGGGAACCUUUCAAGUUGUGGUAUGAUCGCAUUAACUCUGCAAGCCU